AUGUAUUUGCCUCGGACCUGCUAUCACUCGAGAAAAAAUUUCGAUAAUAGAGUCGACGACCUCGUUCGUAAGUAUUAUGACGUUUCUGAGCCCAACCCGGCCCUGCAGGAUGUCCUCAAGAAUCCGGACGGGUCAUCUCUCCUUUUCAAAGCGGUCCGUCGCCAGGUCGCACUGAUCAGGUGCCGUUCCCACGCUCCUGAAGAUGAUCAGAUCACCAUUUACGAUAAAGCCUUGCUGCUCCUCACUAGAUAUGGAGAGGAACCGGAAGACAUCUGCGCUCUCGAGCUGUAUAUGACCGAGUUUCUCGGUAUCGUCCCGAUUUCGCCUUUACAGCAAAGCAGAGAGGACCUUUCCCAGCACAUUGAGCUGCAGAAGAUACUGAACAAAGGUUCGCACAUCCCAACCCACAGCCGGUUCAUCCCUAACGAAGACGUCUUAGGGAUUGAACCUGUUGCUGUCCCCGAAGGACAUGUUGCUAGCGAAAAGCAGCUCAAACAAGGGUUCACCGCCGAAAAGAACACGCGUACCGACGACAAAAGCAACCCCAGAGUCCAUCGAUCUGAAUCAUACUUGCAUGAAAAAACCAUGCCAGACAAGACCGCCGCUGAUACCGGUCAGGAUUCACGUAGUCAAGCUGAGAGGAUUCUUGGAGUUUAUUACAAAGCCAGAGACGAUUAUUUCCAGGUUAUACAAAACGAUGGCGUCGCUCAUAUGAGUGUUAUCCGGUUUCUUCGCGAUACAGCCGAGAAUGCUCUUCUGUAUCUUCACAAAAGCGCGAUGUUGGGCCAUCCUGCCAUCCCCGAUCUGCAGCAGACUUUCGCAUUUGCUAGGGAUAAGGCUGCCGAGCUUUCUGGAGGCCGGAAACGCUAUUUUGAUGAGGGGGCUGGCAGACAUGGACACAAGAGGGCCCGUCGACAGGAUCUUGCUAAAAUGACGCUCCUGCGGCCUCAGCCGGCCGAGGCCGCAAUUUCCACUUCUAGCAACGGAUCAUCUAGUGCUCAAUAUACGCCGGUGUCUGAAGGCUCCGAGGAAGAGUGUGUCUUAUCAAGUUCAACCCGUCCACCAGCUCGCCCAUUGAAACUGCAAACGGAUCUUGAUUCUGAUGGAGACGACAUUUCUAGUGCUGUUAGUGACGAGGGCUACGAGUCCUAUGAAGAAGCCCGCCGGAAUUCGAAUCAAUCCAGCUUUCCAAAGUACACUACGGCUGAGGAGAGAGAGGUCGUGAAAAAAUUCGACCGCAAGCUUGUUCCGUUCUUAGCGUUCCUGUAUAUGCUUUCAUUUUUGGAUCGAUCUAAUAUUGGAAAUGCCAAGAUUGCAGGUCUCAUGGACGAUCUCCAUCUCUCGUCCUCUCAAUAUGAGUGGCUGCUUACCUCCUUUUACAUCACCUACAUCCUGUUCGAAUGGAUGACCCUUAUGUACCGUGUCGUCCCUGCGCACAUUUACAUUGCACUUUGCGUAUGCGGAUGGGGUUUAAUUGCGACCUUUCAAUCUCUAGCUACUUCAUUUGGAGCCCUUGUCCUCCUUAGGGCCCUCCUUGGUAUCACAGAAGCGGCAUUCGGACCCGGCGUGCCGUUUUAUCUUUCGCUAUUCUACAAGCGUGAAGAACUUGCGUUUCGAAAUGGUCUCUUCAUUUCCGCGGCCCCUUUGGCCUCUUCAUUCGCGAGUAGUCUAGCUUGGCUGAUUGUCAAUUUCAGCGGUGAUGGUCCAAUUGCUCCUUGGCGCAUGUUAUUUCUAGUUGAAGGGUUUCCCAGUGUUAUAGUUGCCGUUUUUGCUUGGAUACUUAUCCCCGAUUCACCAGGACGGGCUCGAUUCCUUGAACCGCGACAGAGAAUCGUGGCUCAAUUGCGUACGGAGGAAAAUAAACCAACCAGUUAUGAUGAGCCUGGUCGAAGCCAAUUCAACUGGAGCGAGGUCCGAAAGGCACUAGCUGAUCCAAAGUCCUACAUUACAGCUUUCAUGUUCUUUAGCUGCAACGUCGCAUUCAGCUCGAUGCCUGUUUUCCUGCCUACCAUCAUAGAAGACAUGGGCUAUUCCUCUCUUGCCUCGCAAGCCCUCUCCGCACCUCCCUAUCUAAUUGCAUUCAUCGUGGUGCUGGCCACCGCAUACAUUUCCGACCGCAACCUUUCGCGCAGUCCAUACCUAAUCGCCCACGCCAUUGUCUCCUCAGCCGCGUAUCUAGCUAUCGCGCUCACAGGCCACUACCACACUCAUCUCCCCACAAGCACACACAUCCUCAUUCGAUACCUCUGCGUCUACCCUGCCACCUCGGGCUUCUUCUCCGCCAUCACCCUGAUCAUGACUUGGACGAUGGACAACCACGUCGCCAAGGAAGGCAAAGGCACCAGCAUCGCCAUUCUCAAUAUCAUCGGACAAUGCGGUCCGCUUCUCGGCACGCGUCUGUAUCCCGGCAGUGAUCGACCGUGGUAUGUGCGUGGCAUGGCUGUCUGUUCGUUUUUCAUGAUCGUUGUCGCUGUCUUGGCGGUUGUGUUGAGGGUUCUCUUGCAGAGGGCAAAUCGUGCAGCGGAGCGGGAAGGGGAGAAAGAUACUUUUGAAAUGGAAGGAGGUGGCGCUGGCGCUGGCGCUGGGGGUGAAGAGAGGGAGGGACUCAUGGGUUCGGAUCGGGGUAUCACCCUUCGGUAUAAUGUGGAGGAGCGAUCUACCUACAUCGUAUAG